AUAUCCCAGUGUCUGCUGGCAGUCAAGCCCACGACGGGUUCAGCUAACGCAAUCCGUCAACAUAAAUACACGGAAAUCUCAGUCUUAACCCAGAAGCGAAUAGAUUCAUACACAGACACCCUCUACCAACAUCAAAGAAGAACAAGAAGAAGAACAACAACAAGAUGUCGUGGCAAGCUUACGUUGAUGACCACCUUAUGUGCGAUAUCGAAGGCAAUCAUCUCACCGAUGCUGCCAUCAUCGGCCAUGACGGCAGCAUUUGGGCACAGAGCUCCAACUUCCCUCAGUUGAAGCCUGAAGAAGUCACUGCUAUCAUGACUGACUUUGCUGAACCUGGAACACUUGCUCCAACUGGAUUAUAUCUUGGGGGCACAAAAUACAUGGUAAUCCAAGGCGAGUCAGGAGCUGUCAUCCGAGGGAAGAAGGGACCUGGAGGCGUUACUAUCAAGAAGACCGGUCAUGCCUUGAUCAUUGGUAUUUAUGAUGAGCCUAUGACUCCUGGCCAGUGCAACAUGAUAGUUGAAAGGCUUGGAGAUUAUCUUAUCGAGCAGGGUCUUUAAAACACUGACCUUGUUGUUCAUCUCACAUUUCUUGGCCUCUACACAGAUUUGCAUCUUGUCUUUCUUCUGCUGUAAUGUUCAGAUGCAGUCAAAAUAAUAUUAUAAGUAUUUAAAAGUCUUGGGAAACGUUCUGUGGGAGAAGGAAAUUUCAUGCUUUCGAAACUGAUGGAUAUUUUAUCAUAGUUUGCCCUUGAACUUGGUUUGAUAGGAAGUAUUAGUAUGAUUGCCAGAGUGAGGUACUCUUGUCAUACAGUGGAUUUCAUGUAAUGGGUGUUUUAAUUGAUUGGAAUAUGGUUUGGCAAA